AUGAAAGUGCAACUUCAAUCGUUGCUUGCCGAGACAUUGAUUCCCCGUGGUAUUUCGUCAAAGUACUUGACGGGUGGUGUUGUGCGUGAUUUGGCGGAUCGAUUGCUUCUGGAUAGUGAUUCUUUGAAUCCUUCAUUGCUUGGGGUUAAGCAAACAAAGGCAACAGAAGACUUAAAAUCAAAAAAUAUUAAGAAAAAAGGAAUGAAUUCUGGUACUAGUGGUAAUAAUAAUAACAAGCAUCAACAUCAAAACAAUAUUAAAAGUAAAAAUCUUGGUAUCAAUACAAAUAUUAGUAAUAACAGCAAAUCGAAAAAUAAAUAA